CGGAGUCUGGUGGCUGCCCUGGCCUCAGCAAGUGCAGCUGCUUCAGGAUGAGGUGGCAGAUGACAGUGAGCGCAGGUGGCGGAGGUAGGAGGUAAAGUCGGAGCCAGGGGAUAAUGAUGAAUGGAGCUGCGGGACCCUCGCGCAUCGAUCAUCGCGAGCGGGUUCUCAAGUUAGGCGAGAGUUUCGAGAAGCAGCCGCGCUGCGCCUUCCACACUGUACGCUAUGACUUCAAACCUGCUUCCAUUGACACUUCUUGUGAAGGAGAGCUUGAAGUCGGCAAAGGUGAACAGGUGACAAUAACUCUGCCAAAUAUAGAAGGCUCAACUCCACCAGUAACUGUUUUCAAAGGUUCAAAGAAACCUUACUUAAAGGAAUGCAUUUUAAUUAUUAACCAUGAUACUGGAGAAUGUCGACUAGAAAAACUCAGCAGCAACAUCACUGUAAAAAAAACAAGAGUUGAAGGAAGUAGUAAAAUUCAGUAUCGUAUAGAGCAACAGCAACAACAAAUGCGGAAUUCAGCUAGAACUCCCAAUCUUGGAAAACAUUCUCCAUCUGAAGACAAAAUGUCCCCAGCAUCUCCGAUGGAUGAUAUUGAAAGAGAACUGAAGGCAGAAGCUAGUCUAAUGGACCAGAUGAGUAGUUGUGAUAGUUCAUCGGAUUCCAAAAGUUCAUCAUCUUCAAGUAGUGAGGAUAGUUCCAGUGACUCAGACGAUGAAGAGUGCAGAUCCUCUCCUUCUGAUCCAGGGACUUAUAUCUCAGGACAUCCUGUCAUGUCUGCCAUGCCACAAUGCAGGAUUCCUGAUAUGGAUGCUGGCCGGAAUAGAUCUCAUGACAACAGUGGCCUUCUGAUGAGUACUUUAAGAAAUGAUUUGCAGCUGAGUGAAUCAGGAAGUGACAGUGAUGACUGAAGAAACUUUCAGCUAUAUAUAUAAAAUUUGUAAGACAUGGGAUAAUUUAUAUUAAGAGUAAAAAUUCCUAAGACUGAAGAAAAUGUAUCUUAACUUUUGAUGAUAAAGGAAAUUAAAUUUGAUUCAGAAUUUUCAGUUGAUAUGAUAUUUUUGAUCUUUUCUGAAUUCUAGCAUUUUCAUGUGCAUUCCAUUUCCAAGGUUUUACAGAUGAGAAAACAGAAUUUAGGUAAUUUGCCCACAUAUUGUUAGUUGACAAGUGGCAGAUCAGGUGUUCUAGAGUUCAACUUCAAUGCUCUGUUUUAUAACACUGCUGUCUCCAAUUGUGAAAUGUCAAAACAAUUUAUUUAUAAUGAUUUUAAUUGUAUCUCUGAGCCUUUUAUAUAUGAUAAUCCUUAGAUUUUGGUUGAAAAUAUUUAAAUUCUUAACAAAAUUAAGCUAUAAUUUAGAAUAAAAGUAAAGCUAGAUAAUUGUUUUAAUGAAACUGUUUUUGUAUCUCAUAAUAUUUUUUUAAUUUUGCUUUUGAGAGAAAAAUAAGCAGUUAAGUGUUAAGUAGAUAAAUAUUACUUACAUCUGUAGUAUUUUUGAAUUUGGGGGAAAUGAUAAAUAUUAUAGUUGAAAGCCAA